AUGGAGGGAUCCAGUCAAGACCAGGAAGGAAUCGGCCGAAACCUUGAAAAAGCCAGUCAAAAUCGGGACGGUACCAGUCAACCAUAUAGCCAUCAGGAAACAGAUGUUCAAGCCUUCUCUGCAAUCAGAGAGGAUUGGCCUGGGAAUUCUGAAAACAUUUCUAACAGAGCAGAGGGAUUACAAGAGAGGAAGCUGCUUGCUCUUUUACACCUCAAAAGCAAUGCAGCUGCACUGGCAAGGCCAUCAGUUGUCAAUGAAGAGGAGUUGGCCCAACUGGCACUAAUCAAGCCAUUACGGUCAAAAGGUGGCCUGCGACAUAAUGCCAGACAACUAAUCCAGGAGAUUCAAAGACAAAUUGAAGAACAGGAGAUCCUGAAAGAGUUUUUGAGUUUAGAACACCUGAAGCCCCUGGAUGACUGCCAGGUUGCCAAAGCACCAGAAAACCGGGAAAAGAACAGAUACCGGGAUAUUCUCCCGUAUGAUGCCACCCGCGUACCCAUUGGGGAGGCGAAGGGCUACAUCAACGCCAGCUACAUCCGUGUGCCAGUGGGCACAGAAGAGCUCUGCUACAUCUCCACUCAGGGUCCCCUGCUUUCUACCACCAGCGACUUCUGGAGAAUGGUCUGGGAAAAUAACUCCAACAUCAUUGCUAUGAUUACACGAGAACAGGAACACGGAGUGUCGAAAUGCCACCGAUACUGGCCUGAGCCGCCUCUCAAUUCUUUGGAUUUACUUCGUUUUCGGCUGCAACUACUCAACUACCAAAUCCUGGAUUAUUUCGUCAUUAGAAUCAUAGAAAUAAUCAACAAACAGACACAGGAAAGGCGCCUUGUGCAGCACCUCCAGUUUACAAACUGGCCAGACCACGGGACUCCCAGAUCGUUACAGCACCUGGUCAAAUUUGUUCGCUACAUGAGAAAAUCCCACCAGUCAGGCCCGGUCAUUGCUCACUGCAGCGCUGGGAUCGGAAGAAGCGGGGUGCUGCUUUGCGUGGAUAUUGUGUUGAUUUACAUAGAAAAGGACUUGUGUUUUGACAUCAAGCAGAUAGUGACCCACAUGAGAAAUCAGCGCUUCGGAAUGAUCCAAACCAAGGAGCAGUACAUGUUUUGCUAUGAAAUAGCUCUCGAAGCUCUGAAGAACAUCCAAAAAAACACAGAAACUUUCAACCUGGGUGACAUGUACAUGAAGGCUAAUCAAAAUGAGUUCUUGUCCAUUCUCAUCCUGGUUUUGCCUGGUGUGGGAACUAAGGAAACAGUCUACCAUAUGCCUGCCCUGAAGAAUCUUAAAAUAUGUAUUGUUGCUGGCAAGGAAACGAUAAAGGAACAUAAUUAG